AUGCCGCUCAUCAAAGACCUCAACGCCCAUGAGCGCCCUCCCGAGGCCAUCAAACAACGCUACAAGAAAUACCAGAAGUCCACCCUCUCCGAGAUCGACUCUGAUGCCGGCAUCCUGGACCUCCAGGCUCUGGAUCCCGACAGUCUUCCCUAUGAGGUUUCCCUGACUCAGUGGAUCCCUAGCGAGGAUCUCCGGGCCGCAUUCAACCAGUUCAUCGGGAAAAGCAAGGACAUGCAGGGGACUUGGCCGACGAAGGAUAUCCCAGUUUACAGCCAUCGCUCUAUCUCUGGUUUACAAAUAAUCCCAUCGCUUCUCCCCCCAGCUGUUCAAAUAGAGUUGUUAUCGCGUUUGUUCCAUCGAGACUUGUCCAAUCCUCGGCAUAAAACCAAUCUACACCUGCACUACGACAUCACUUAUCCCAGUCCCGCAGGAAGUGAAGCCCAGGAAUAUCAAUCCUCUUCGGUCGACCCCAACUCAGUAGGCGGCCAUCCAUCAUCCUUCUUCGAGGAUGACCCGGCCCGUGUCAUUGACCCGAUAGAUUCCAGUGUGCACAAGCCCCUUACUGUCCAAAGCGUCUUGAACAAGAAGCUACGGUGGGUGACCUUGGGAGGUCAGUAUGACUGGACGGCCAAAGUGUACCCAGCAGAACGUCCUCCCGCUUUCCCAACGGACAUUGCCAAGCUCUUGCAUGCGAUGUUUCCCGCCACUGAGGCACAAGCGGCGAUUCUGAAUUUGUAUUCGACAGGCGACCAUCUUAGUGCUCAUCGUGAUGUCAGUGAAGAAUGCGAUGUCGGGUUGAUCAGCAUUAGCUUUGGCUGCGAUGGUCUGUUCCUCAUCAGCCAUGAUGACGGGGCGCACUGUGAGAUUAUUCGACUUCGCUCCGGGGAUGCGGUGUAUAUGGACGGCACUUCGCGCUUUGCUUGGCAUGCAGUGCCGAAGAUCGUGCCCGGGACCUGCCCAGACUGGCUUGCUGAUUGGCCAUCAUGUUCCGUUGAUGAAGCAGCUACAUCUCAACGUGAGACCUGGAAGGGGUGGAUGUCAGGCAAGCGAGUCAAUUUGAACGUUCGGCAAAUGGCAACCCCAUGA